AUGCGCCUCACCCUCCAGGCCGGGCCGCAGCUCACCUUCCACAUCGACAUUGACCCCGGCCAGACGGUGAGGGCCCUCAAGGAGAAAAUUGAAGCCGAGCAGGGCAGAGAGGCCUUUCCGGUAGCGGGGCAGCAGCUCCUGUAUGCGGGCCGCGUCCUGCAGGAUGACGCUGUGCUCAGAGACUGUCAGAUCCCCGAGCACCACGCUGUGACGGUCCUGGUGGCCAGACCCAAGGCGGCGACCACAGCCACAGCCACAGCUCGGCAGUCCCAGCCUGCCACCACGGCCGGGCCCCCUGCCCGCGCAGCAUCGGCUGGUGCUGGGGCCCCAGCGCGCGAACCUGCCUUGCUCUCCGUGCCCGCCACAUCCCCGCGUGCCACUUCCUCGCCUGCCACGUACCAGCGUGCCACGUCUGCCCCUGCCUCUUCUACUCAUUCCACGUCCGUGCCCGCAACGUCCCCACGUGCCACGUCCCCACGUGCCCUGUCCGCGCCUCCCACGUCCGGGCCUGCCACUUCCACGGGUGCACCCUCCUCCUCGUCAGUAUCCAGUACAGGGUCGGCUCGACCUGCACCUGCUUGCGCACGUGCCUCACAUCCAGCUGCAGGGCAGUCGGCAGGCCCACCAGGGGCUCCAAGCCCUACACCAGAUGAUGCCAUCGCGGGACCCUCCUCUGGGGCCCAGCCGUCUGAGCAGGCAGCAAGGGCGCUGCUGACACGUCCGUCUUCCGAGCCAGUGGUCGCCGAGAUCGUGUCCAUGGGCUACGAACGGGAGCACGUCCUUGCAGCCCUGAGAGCCAGUUCCAACAACCCUCACAGAGCCGUGGAGUAUCUUUUAAUGGGACUCCCCGGAGACAGGGCAAGUGCGGCCGAGGUCGAGCCCCCUCAAGCCGGUUACAACCGAGCUGGUCGGUCUUCAGGGGUGGCGGCAGGUGCAGCAGCUGCAACAUCGGGUUCUGGAGGACACCCCCUUGACUUUUUACAGAGUCACCCUGACUUUCAACAGUUGAGACAAAUUAUUCAGCACCAACCUUCAUUGCUUCCCGAAGUGCUGAAAGGCAUACGUCCACGGAAUCCUCAAUUACUAGCGCAGUUUAGCCAGUACCAGGGGUAUUUGAGUCACAUGCUAACUACCCCUUUGGAAGAAGCUGGCGAUGAAAGGAGAGGAGGAGGAGUUGACAGUGUGGGAACUGCAGAAGCAGCCAGAGCAGAUCGCAGCCACAUUAAAAUAACACCCCAGGAAUUGGCAGCUAUAGAGAGGUUAAAGGCUUUGGGCUUUCCUGAAGGGCUUGUGGUUGAAGCAUAUUUUGCUUGUGAGAAGAAUGAGGAGUGGGCUGCCAAUUUUCUCCUGGAGCAGGACUUGGAGGAGGACUGA